AUGAAACGAAAACGACAGAAAACUUCUGAUCCCAGACCCCACAAGACACAAAAUCAUUCACAUUCAACAAAAACAUCAGAUGUGGGUGUGGCCAAGAAACAGAGGGUGGAAGGCGAUGAUGGGCACUGGAUAAAGAAGCGCCUAAGUUUGAGCGACGUGAACGAGUCAGCAAGGUUGUUGUUGGGUAAUAAAGAUGUGAGGAAACACGUUCUGGCAUUGAUGGAUGAGGAUAGGUGCGCAGCUUGUGAGAGCAGGGAAGGGUUGAGAGUCAAAAUGUGGGAUUUGGACACUCUUUCUGAGCAUGAGCUUAGCCUGAAGCAAUGGCAGACUGGGAGCUUUGUGAUCAACAAUAACUGGUCUAUGGAGUUUGUGAAGAGAAGGAAUUUGCAGGAGGGUGACUACAUUGGGCUGCGUUGGGACGCUGAAAAUCUAGGGUUCUUCUUCCACAAAUUCAAUGCCCAAUCUUAG